AGGAAAUAAAAAUAAACCCAUCUCCUCACCCAAACACUCUCCUCCGACAUAGCACACUCAUUUGAUUAAGUUUUCCAAUGGCACCUUCGCUGGAAGAGCCGACGCAGGUGGAUCUUGAUGCACCACUGCAGGAGAAGCCCAACCUGGUCGCACCGGAACCUGAACACUGUCCCGGCCCCGAAUCCCAACAAGCCGGCGUCGCCGACUCGUGCGCAGGCUGCCCCAACCAGAAGAUAUGCGCGUCCGCACCAAAGGGACCCGACCCCGACAUACCCACCAUAACCUCGCGGCUCUCGUCGGUCCGGCACAAGAUCCUCGUGCUCUCCGGCAAAGGCGGCGUCGGUAAAUCGACCUUCAGCACGAUGCUCUCUCACGGCUUCGCGGCCGACCCCAACGUCACCGUCGGCCUCAUGGACACGGACAUCUGCGGCCCGAGCAUCCCCAAGAUGAUGGGCGUCGAGGACGAGACGAUCCAUGUGACGAGCGCGGGGUGGGAGCCCGUAUGGGUCAGCGACAACCUAGGCGUCAUGAGCGUGCAGUUUAUGCUGCCCGGACGGGACGACGCGGUCAUCUGGCGGGGACCGAAGAAGAACGGUCUCAUCAAGAAGUUCCUCAUGGAGGUGGUGUGGGGGGAUCUGGAUUUCCUGAUCGUGGACACGCCUCCGGGAACGAGCGACGAGCAUUUAUCGGUGAAUUCGUUCCUCAAGGAGAGCGGGGUGAGCGGCGCGGUGCUGGUGUCGACGCCGCAGGAGGUGUCGCUGUUGGAUGUGCGCAAGGAGAUUGAUUUCUGUAGAAAGGCCAAAAUUCCGAUCCUGGGGAUCGUGGAGAAUAUGUCUGGGUUCGUGUGUCCGGGGUGUAAACAUGAGAGUCAGAUUUUCAGGCCGAGUACGGGGGGUGCGAGGAGGUUGGCUGAGGAAGAAGGCAUUCCGUUCUUGGGCGCGGUGCCGCUGGAUCCGAGGAUCGGGAUGGCGUGUGAUUAUGGCGAGUCGUUUUUGGAGGCGUAUCCGGAUAGUCCGGCUUGUGAGGCGAUUAGGCAGGUGGUGAGGGAUGUGGGCGUGCAGUUGGGGUUGAAGGGGGAGAGUGUUGUGGUGGAGGUUUAGGGUUGCAUAUCCAUAUGAUUUGGUUUUCAGCGGUUGCAUUGGGCGGCGUUUGGUAAUGGAUUUAGGAGAACUUUUAUCGCAUCAUUGGGUUCGACGUGUGAGGAUAAGAUGUAGAUAGGCUGAUAGAAACUCCGGGCCCUCUGCUAUUUGCUCUCUAUUCAUCUUCACACAAUGACGCAACCU